AUGUUCAAAUGUGUCGUUUUACUUUUUUGCUUCUCCAUCCUGCUAGAAGCAAGGCCGCAGUACGGACUUUACCCUGAUUACGGGCCUUUGGGAGUUGUAGGACCGGUAGGCGUGCCAUACGGCGGCGUAGGAUACAAUCCUGCAGCUAGUGGAGUGGUAGGUGGUGCAUUGCUUGGGUCGAUGAUAGGAGCCUUGGCUGGAGGUCGAUAG